AUGUUCGUCCUCGCCUGCCCUUCAUUAAUCGUAACAGUCGACCAUAAACCUCUCGCUCCUAUUUUCAACAGUCGCGCUCUAGAGAAAAUCGAAAAUCCUAGAGUGUUUAAGUUCCGUGAAAAAACGCUUAUGUACAAUUUCAAAGUUAUCCCCAUACCUGGAGAACUAAAUCCUGCGUCUGACGCAACGUCACGAAUGAAACCCAUCGCAUCUGUUGACAUCGACAAUCAUAUCGCCUACAUUGAAGAGGAAAUUACCCUCGAACAACCCACUGACACUAUUCGUCUUAAAACUAUCCAGGGAUUCCCAACGAAUAAAGAAUCAGUUCCACCAAACCUACGCGAGUUCUGGUCUCUACGUGAACGCCUGUAUACCAGUAAUGAUUUAAUCUUCUCCAAGGGGAUACCACUCGUACCGAAAUCUCUUCGACAACGUCUUCUCGAUGAGCUCCAUGUCUGUCACCAAGGAGUUUCCUCGAUGAAAACCAACGCUAGACAACGUUUCUUCUGGCCAGGUAUGAAUUCGGACAUUCAAAACAAACGUCUCAACUGCCGAAGAUGCAACGAGAUCGCCCCAUCACAAUCGAAAGAACCAGCCGAACAGCCACCUCAACCGUCCUACCUGUUUCAGCUAGCCGCCACGGACAUCUUUCAUAUGGUAGGGCAAAGAUACCUGAUUUACGCUGACCGCUUCUCUGGUUGGACCGAAGUCGCCUGUCUACGAGCCUCACCGAAUGCAGCAACCGUCAAAAACAUUCUGCGUCGAUACUUCAGCACCUUUAGUAUCCCAGAAGAAAAUUCAUCCGAUGGAGGUCCGCCAUACGAAUCAAACGAGUUCAACGCGUUCCUCAACAACUGGGGAAUACGUCACAGAUUAUCGUCAGCAUACCUACCGGAAAGUAACGGAAGAGCCGAGGUAGCUGUAAAAACCAUGAAACGCAACCUCACAUCGAACGCAGUCCAACUGGUUCUCUCGAUACCGAAGCAGUAA